AUGGUGGACGAUAGCAAGAGGAGGGUGGCUGGCGGCGGGAGACGGUGGGCGGCGUACGGUGGGCUGCGACGGGAGGAGGGCGGUCAGCGGCGAGAGACGGUGGCCGGCAGACAGCCAGUGGCAGCCCAUGGUGGACGGCAGCGGGAGGAGGGUGGCUGGCGGAGGGAGACGAUGGCCAACGUACGGCGGGUGAGGGCCCACGACGGGCUGCGACAGGAGGAGGGCGGUCGGCGGCGAGAGACGGUGGCCGGCAGACAGCCAGUGGCGGCCCAUGGUGGACGGCAGCGGGAGGAGGGUGGCUGGCGGCAGGAGACGAUGGCCAACGUACGGCGGGUGAGGGCCCACGACGAGCUGCGACGGGAGGAGGGCGGUUGGUGGCGGGAGACGGUGGCCGGCGGACAGCGGGUGGCAGCCUAUGGUGGGCGGCAGCAGGAGGAGGGCGGCCGACAGACGGCGGGUGGGGGCCCACAAUGGGUUGCGAUAAGAGGAGAGCGGUCGGCGGGUAGCAGCCCAUGGUGGGCUGCAGCAGGAGGAGGGCAGCCGGCGGCGAGAGAUGGUGGCCGGCGGACGGCGGGUGGCAGCCCAUGGUGGGCGGCAGCGGGAGGAGGGCGGCCAGUGGUGGGAGAUGGUGGCAGGCGCAAGGCGGGUGGCAACCCACGGCGGGAGGAGGGCGACCGGCGGAGGGAGACGACAAAUGGCAGGAGGCGGCAGCCGGCAAGUGAACCGCGAUGGGUGGCUGCCCAAGCGAUGGCCGGAGGAGGGCGGUCGAUGGCUGGAGACAGUGGCCCGCAGCGGGAGAUGACAAACGGCAGGAGAUGGCGGCUGGCAAGUGGGCGGCAAUGGGCGGCGGGUGGGCAACCGGCUAGUAACGAGGACGAGCGAUGA